UCCUCAUUCUCGCGCGAGGUCAGUUUCCAAGUUCUCCGCGGCGUGUGAGACGCAGACGCCGGUCCCUCCACCACCCCCUCAACCUCCGCCCACUUCUCAUCUCACGCGCGAAUCCGCGACAAAAGUCUAACGAGACGGCGGUACGAAAGACAGAAAAACAAAAACCAAAGAAACCCGUUCUCCGCGCUUCGUAGCAUCCGUUAUCCUGGCAAACGAGCAGAGACGGCCAGAAGAUCAUUGGCCACAUGGUGUUGCGAAAGCAGCCCGGCUCCGGAAGCAGUAGUAGCAUACUGGGGCUGAAAGUGGUCGGCGGCAAACUGUUGGAGGAUGGCUCGAUGGGCGCCGUUAUCGAGAAGGUGAAGAAGGGUAGCACGGCCGACAUAGAAGGUCAACUGAGACCCGGUGACGAGGUGAUCAAGUGGAACGGCAGGUCCCUCCAGGGCAAGAGCUUCCGCGAGGUUUACGACAUCAUUGCCGAGUCGAGACAGGAGCCCCAAGUGGAGCUGGUUGUUUCGCGGAAUCUGUCGUCGACGAGCGGCCCGGCGACGAUGCCCGCCGGGCCGACGGCCGCAGCGCCGAUGCCGCCGAGGAAGAUCGCCGCGCAGAUCCAGUGGAGGCAGAAGCACCCGGAGACGAUAUCUGGGCCGCAACAACCGCAUCACAAAGAUUAUAUAAUUUUUCGUAUUCCAGGUCUUAAGAAAUGUAUUCUAUGGGAGUUGUACGACGCGAGGCGCGAGAAACCUUCGGUUUUAGUGACCUCGCCCGGCUCGCCGGAUCUGCACGCUCAAGGACGCGCCAGGCAUCUCCGACACGCUUCCUCCGGCAACGCGAACGUCGGCGGUAAUCUCCAGGUGAAGCUGAGCUUCGAUCCUGCGGCGUUACGGUUGAUCGUCACGUUGAUCUGCGCGGCUGGGCUCACGCCCAGGAGCAACGGCCAACCUAGAAAUCCCUACGCCAAGAUCUUCCUGCUUCCGGACAAGAGCGAGAAGUCGAAGAGGCGGACGAAGACGCUGGCGAACACGAACGACCCGAAGUGGAAUCAAACGUUCAUCUACGACGGGAUCAGGUGGUCCGAGCUGAGGAAAAGGGCGUUAGAGAUCACCGUGUGGGACUACGGCAAGUACGACACGAACGAUUUCCUCGGCGAAACGGUGCUGGAACUGGCGACCGCUCGCCUCGACGAGGAGCCGGAAUGGCAUCCGUUGACUGGCCACGGUGAACACCGACACAUUGGAUACUAUCAGGAGCCCGAUGACACGGUGAUAACUCCGGUGGACUGCCAUCUCAGUCCACCGUCGACGACGUCGCGGCUGAGCGACUCUGACACUUCCGAAUGCGAUAUCACGGACUGCGACGUCUCCAGGGAGCAAAGGAGAACAGCUGACGGUGCCAGUAUAAGCAGUAUCGGCAGUUCCUCCAGGUUUCGUAAUAUGCCGUCAAAUUACAAGCGCCACUAUUCCAGCCCCCCGCCGGAGAGGGAGCUGUGCGUCGACGGGGAGCAUCGAAGUCGAAGGGACAUGUCGCCGCAGGGGCGUAAACGAGCCGCCCUCAUGAUACGAGACCAGCCGGCGUCUAUUUCUGGGUACCAGACCUACCGCAAGGACGAUAUUCACCGAGGAAUGAUGAGCCACAGGUCGCACAGUGCAGCGCCCAUGGACUCGCCGAGCCUGCGGUACCGCGGAAGGUCUCAAAGUCCCACCGGUCAUCGCUCGCUGUCUCCGCCGGAACACAGAUCCAUGCCCUACUCGCACGGUUACGUUCCGCCCAGAUUCAGUUCGAGGUCGGCGACAGCCACUCCAACCGGUAGCCCGAAGAAGAGGCAACUGCCCCUGAUCCCGGCGGCUCUGAAGGAAAGGGCUGCCCAGGAUCUCGAGGAACGUGCCAGAUUCAUAAGGCACCGCAAUAGACAGGUGCACACCACGUACAGGAGCACGGGCAUCGGAGGUUGGGAGAGACACUACAGCGGACUGUCGGACUCGGAUCUGCUAUCGAUAGAUCACGAUCCGUUGUCGUUGCCGCACAGUCACGCGUACCGUAUGCCCAGACCGCGAAGGGGACACUUGAGCCCCGACAAAGACGUACUUGGCGAUCUCGGUGACUCCGAUAUGGAGAGUAUAGCCUCCGUGACGAGCAGUGCCUUCAGUACGCAAUCGGAACGACCACGUGGCUCUAGAGGACUAAUACCGACAGUUAAAAACGUUUUAAUACCCGGUGUCAUAUCCCCUAUGCCCCUGCCCCCUAGGCGCAAUAGGCGCAGGCACAGACUUAGGGUACCCUGCAGCGAAUGUCACUGUCCGAACAACAAUCCCACCAAGCCCACCAGGAGCAACAACCCCAGCAAGCACAAUCCCACCCCGCAUCCCCUCGUACGGAGCAAGUCCGCAGUGGUGCGCUCGUUGUACAGAAAGAUGCGUACGCCGUUUACGAGGUCGCAGACCGUCGACGAGAACAUGCUGAGAUAUUACAGCCCGGAGACCAGCGAGUACAGCGUCUCCGAGGGUUACAUGCUCAAGCCGGAGGAGCUAACCGGUAGCUCCAAGAAUCGUAUACCGGAGAUAUACGUGGAGGAUUGCCUUCAGGUCGACUUCAACGAUCGUCUCAUCGAGAAGUUUCGCGACAGAUACUCGUCGCCCUAUCAACUGGAUCACUCCGGUAUGCGUAGGCGGUCGCGUAGCUGGCAGGACCGCGCCGCCGGCCGGGCCGCGAAAUCCCGGCACCACUUGUUCUCGAGAGGCUUGCACGACGUGACGGACGAUCACGGCAUUAGGAACCUAGACGUUAGCUUACGGCCGCGUAGAUCUUUUUUAUUCUCGAAGGCUAGGAGCUUCGACUACGACGUGCUGCACGACACCUACGCCGAUCGUUACGGUUUCGGGCUAAACGCCGGCAUGCUCUCGCGCAGAGCCAAGAGUUUCGAGUACGACACGAUAUCAAGCAACAUAUUCAGCGACGACAGCCUGAGGACCGCGCGGCGAAAACUGAAGAAGAACCUGGCCAUCAACGACGCCGGCUACGGCGACAAGAUACCGGCCCUCGGCGAUCAGAGUAAAUCGUACUUCGACUCGAACGGCGACGACAACAAGCUGCCGAAGAAGAUUCUGCUCGAUCGGCAGAAGAGGAGCUACGUCCAGGCGAAGCAGGAACGCGCAAGCAAGCCGUUCUACGGAUACGACUCGGAAUUCAGCUGCGGCGAGACGGAGAUCUACGUGCCGCGAUUCGACCAACAGACGUCGUCCACGGUGGGCAUGGAUCUCGCCAUGGGCGAUGGUUACCACUCGUACGACCUCUCCGAGGAGAAUUCGUUCAGUAGCGACGAUCAGAUCGGCCUGAGGAACACUCUACUCGGCCGUGAGGACCCGACGAAACGGAAGUACAGGGACUCGACGUUUCAGGAGCACGAUCCCGCGUUCGGCCGUGACGUGUCGGAAAAACGAACCAAGAGUCUCGACAGCGGCGACCCGGCCAACGAGCACAUCUACUGCAGCAUCGACGAGGCGCUGUCGUCCGCGGAGACGACGUCCUAUCACGGCCGAGGGGUCGCGCGUUCCAAGCGAUACGACAAUCAGAGAGCCGCGUCGCGUCGUUCGAGUCGGAGACGAACGAAAAGCAGCGAGUCGUACUUGGAGAACGGUUACGACGGCUACGACGACUGGGGGGGUUACGACGAGUACGACGAAGGUUUCAUCGAUAGAGAGCACGUCGACGACGAGUACGACGACGACCGACGAUUGUACGACUACGGGGACGAGAGCGGAAUCCCGAGAACUGACGUGGUAACGUACGAGGACGAUUAUUACAGAGGAAGGGAGAGCGGUCGAAGUGGCAGACGGAAGAAGAGAUCGUCGCGAGCGUACGUAGAAAGCGAGUACGUGGACGACUAUCGCGACUAUCGUUCCGCGGAGGAGUACGACUAUCAAGCGCACAGUGGAGCGGAGUGUGAUCGGGUCGACUUGGGUUACCAAGACAACACGUUCCCACGACGACGAAAGAGGAGAAGUCGAAGAGGAAGCAGGGACGUCGGUGUCAGUCCAGGUGUAUACGAGAACUUGCCGUAUCGCGAGAUGUCGGUGUCGAGCGCGAGAGACACGUUGACCGUGCCGAGCUUCUCCGAGAGCAAGCGUAUGAUGCUGCAACGAGCAGAGUCGACGCCGAUCCUACGCUCGGACGAGGAGCUGAGCUCGUCGGAGAGAGCAGAGAGAGCCAGACGUCUGUACCGGCGGAAACGGAACAGCAGCUGCCCGGAGGCCAGGGAGCUUCGAUACUACGAUCCACCGCGAAGAAAGAUCGAAGAGAGAAGUACGAACUUCAUUCUGGACUCGGACGAGGAUUUCGGCUCGAUGGAGACGGUCGUGUGCGCGGACUGUUUCCGCCAGAAGAACGGGAGCGGGGCCGCGAUGAUUAGCGAGGGUAUUAGUACGGGGGGCUACUACGACGACGGGGGGCAGGCUACGAGUCGCGAGGGUUACGUAGUAGACUCAAGAUACGAGUACGAGAACGUACGGGCACGCGACUAUGCGGAAUGGUACGAGCUGGCUAGGUCGGACUCGCGUUAUCGCGGUAGGCGUAAGACUAGCUGUCCGGAGUGUCGGGAAUUAGCGAUGUCGUACGAGUUAGGUAGGUCUGGCUCGUUCUCGCGUUCGAGCGGAGGAGAGAGGAGACCUUCGGUAGAAUCGAGGCAUAGGUACCGUAGGCGAAAUAGCAGUUGCCCGGAGGCUAGGGAUCUCGAGCUGCUCGAGAAGAGGCAGCAACAGCAACGCCAUCAGCAAUCGUCCCAGCAGCAUCCGAGUCAACAACAGCAGCAGGGUAGUAAGAGGAACGUAGCGAUCAGCGACACCCUCGAGUACUACGAGUACUCGAUGGAGAGCGAGAGCCAGUGCAGCGAGAACUGCGGAUUUGGCCCGUGCGAUCCGCGUAGGCCCCGUAACCGAGCACCCCACCCCGGUAACGCUAAUUCAAGUCUCUUUGAUUCCCAAACCGCUACCUCCGACACUGCUAAAAACUACCACCCACGGGCCGUCGAUCACCACCACGAUACCUCACGAAACACGAAAUCGUCGACGCGCGGCAACAUCGACGAUAACGCCGUGACCACGUCGUCUGCAUCCCCGACGUCGUCGAUCCGACGGCGUUCGCGGAAAAAAACUGCCGCUGACGACGAUGCCGCCGCCGCCGCUGCUGUCGUCAACCAACAACAACAACAACAACAACAACAACGACAACGACAACAACGUGACGACGCGCGGGAUCGCCGAUCCUCAUCCAUGCCCGAAAGCAGCGAGUACACCAGUCAGUCGGGCUCGUACGAGAAGCCGUCCAGGAGCCAGCCAGGCGAUAACGAGCACGACGAUCAUAAAAGGGGCCAGUUCACCAGGAGUCUCAGCAACACCGACGCGCCGCAGGACGAGAAAGUCGACGGUAGUUUGAGCGACACGGCGAUCGGUUUGAACGUGGAGGACUCCUCGAGAAGGGGUCGCAAAAGUUCGCCGGGGAGUAAAAGCGGAAGUGGAAGUAGCAGCGGCGGCGGAAGCGCGGUGCAGUAUCAGUCAGGUCUUGGGAAGAAGAGUAACAGCACCAGUCAGCUGUCCGCCACAGGUAACACAUCGUCACACUAGUCGUUUCUUGCAGUUUCACGUUUUAGACGUUGCGUGCGUUGUAUUGCCGUAUACUUUGCCCGGGAGAUUCGAUAAAUUCGAGAGCGGUCGCGUGAAGACACUACUUUCUCUAUUUCGCAUAUUUCAUACAUUUGUUCUCGCGCGAUCUUGCUAGACUAUCUUUUUUUCCUGUCUCUUCUUUCUAUCUGUCAUUUUAAUGUAGUCGAUCUUUUUGUAAUAUACAUACACAUAUAUUAUAUAUGUAUAUAUAUAUAUAUAUAUAUAUAUCGAUAUAGUUUCUCGAGUAAUAGCGUAGCAUUAAUUUAGCAUCAUUAGUGAGUAGAUCUACGGUGUGCUCUCGGUAUAUCCUUGAACCACGGGUGACAGACUUGUUCCAAUGUACACUGUACCAUCGUCAAACAAAUA